AUGUUGAGGCCGACGUCUUUUCUUACAAAGCUCGCACUUUGGGUUGCCGCUGCCAACGCCUUUGUUGUGUUCAUUCCCGACGACCAAUGCGAUCCUACCGGCCAUUGUGGUCCUUUCACCAAGACGACGCGGAAGCAUGGCGGCCACUCGGCGAGGUCCAAUGGCGGCGAGGUGGUCACGUUCCCUUUGGUUGCAAGGCCAAGACAAGUUCUUGACGAUGAGUCUGAACCUUUUGACCGUGUAGCAGUGGCUAUUGCCCGUGUCGCCCAGAAGUUCGGAGGACCGCCUGCAGUGCGUGCCCGAAGUCAGAAAGACGACAAGAACUAUGUGCCAGGGAACCAGUACCCUAUUUCCCACCCCAUCAAGCCGAUAUCAGAGGGCAGCACCGGCAUCUAUCAAUACGGGCCCGACUUUUCUUACUUUAUCAGGGUCGAGCUCGGCUCCCAGAAGACGCCAUUGUAUAUGCUUUUGGACACCGGUGCGGGCAACACUUGGGUCAUGGGAACCGACUGCACGGAAUAUGCCUGCCGCCUUCACGAUAGAUUCGACACGGCAGCAUCAACGUCUUGGAAGCCCAAUCAAGCUGAUGACUUCUUCAUCAACUAUGGCACAGGUAAUGUCACAGGUGUUGUGGGAUGGGAUAACAUGGUGCUGGCGGGGAAGACUGUCAAUGUUCAAUUUGGUGUGGCCAACCAUACUGCAGAAGAACUGCGACAUUAUGCCUUUGAUGGCAUUCUGGGUCUGGGGAUGGGCCACUCUGUCACUGGGAGUUUUUUCAAGGAGGUCAGGCAACAGAACGCCCUCAAGCCGAUCGUUGCCAUCAGCAUGAACAGAGAUUCGGACGGCGUGAACGACGGCCAGGCCACUUUCGGCGGCAUUGACCCGGCCAAGCAUGUCGGCGAGAUCAAGUACGCCGACGUCACGACGGAGCACAAGGCGAAGGGCGAGUGGGUCAUUCCCAUCGAGGGUUUUGCGUUCGACGGAAAACAGGCCAAACUCAACUCUACAAAAGCCAUCAUCGACACCGGAACAACAUACAUCUUUGGGUCGCCGCCCGACGUCGCGGAGCUCUUCAAGCUCGUUCCCGGGGCCAAACUGGAUGAGAAGCCGGCCUACACCGAGUAUAUCGUCCCCUGCGAUACCAAAACGGCCUUCAAAGUUACUUUUGGAGGUGUCGCAUAUGAGAUUCCAGCCAAGGACUGGGUGGCCCAAGUCGAAGAUGACAAGUGUCUCAGCCGUAUCUAUGGCUAUAUCGAACUACCUAGUUUUCGGCCUGGCGAAUGGAUUAUGGGGGAUGUUUUCCUCAAGAAUGUCUAUUCUGUGUUCGACGCCGACAACGGCAACAUGCGAAUAGGCUUUGCAAACAAGGCAGCCCCGCCCAAGCCGACGAGCACGGGCAACACAGGUGCUGUGGCGACUGGCGAAGAUGGUCGGCCUGUCGUACCUGGAUCUACCGGGAGCGCAACUGGCGAGACAAGUGCUGAGACGGUGACCCCAAAGACGGUCUCUGGUGGCAGCAAAGUAGGAGGUGUCGCGUUUACCUUGGCCUGGGCUCUGGUCGCUUGGGCCAUGAUGGCGGUGUGA